GAAAGGGUAGCAGAUCGGAGCAAGAGGCAUGUGGUCUGCCCCCAUCCUACAGACCGGAUCAUUAGUAUAUGGUGUCUGAAGUUCUGCUCACCUUCAAAGAGGUAUAAGCACUGAGAUUCCCAGGAUGUAAGAAAUACGUUGCUGUAUCAUGCAGCCGAUAGGUUUGCUAUUGAAGCUGAUGGUCACAGCCAGCGCGGAAAUGCUUUAUUAAACAAAGUAGGGUAAAAUAAUCCUGGAAGGUUGGAGCCGUUUGCGAGAAGUUCCAAGUUUAUUGCUCCCCCUGCCAGAAAGUUGCCAUCCGGGACAGCAGCACACUGCAACCAGCUGCCAUGGCUAGCAAGAGAAAGUCAACGACUCCGUGUAUGGUGCGAACUUCUGAAGUAGUGGAGCAGGAAGUUGCUGAGGGCCAAGAAACUCCUAAAGAAAAGAGGGCUGCCACACCGCAGCAGGACUCCAAAAAAAGUCGGCCUGCAGAAAGCUCAGUAAAAGAUUGUGAAGUGGUUGAGGCAAAGCCGCCAACUGAAAAUCAAUCUAAGAAACCCCAGGGUGGUUAUGAAUGUAAAUACUGCCCUUACUCAACACAAAACUUAAAUGAAUUUACAGAGCAUGUUGACACUCAGCAUCCAAAUGUCAUUCUCAACCCCCUGUAUGUCUGUGCUGAAUGUAACUUCACAACCAAAAAAUACGAUUCCUUAUCUGACCACAACACAAAAUACCACCCAGGAGAGAGUAAUUUUAAAUUGAAAUUAAUUAAACGCAAUAAUCAAACUGUUUUGGAGCAGUCCAUUGAGACCACCACCAACAAUGUCACUGUCACUAGCAGUGGGCUAGAAAAUGCAGAGUGUGAUGACCCGCUUCAUGGGGGGAUUAAUGCAAGUAAAACCCCAAUGAUGAAAUUGGGAAAGCCUAAAGUGGACACCAAGAAGGGUCCCAAAAAGCCAGAAGAGGGCCUUAUGGAAAACCAUGUGGAUGGGACUCUCCCUCGCAUCAUAACUGAAGCCACUGAAGCUAUUGCUUGUAUAAAUGGAGACCUUCUCCAUGAUGUGUUAGCUCACGUUAUGCCCUCUGUACAGCUACCACCAAAUAUUAACCUUGUCCCCAAGGUCCCAGUACCUCUGAACAGUACCAAAUACAACUCUGCACUGGACACUAAUGCAACCAUGAUUAACUCCUUUAAUAAGUUUCCUUACCCAACACAAGCGGAGUUAUCGUGGCUGACAGCAGCAUCGAAACACCCGGAGGAGCAAAUCCGAAUCUGGUUCGCUACUCAACGUUUGAAACAUGGUAUAAGUUGGUCUCCAGAAGAAGUGGAGGAGGCAAGAAAGAAGAUGUUUAAUGGUACUAUCCAGGCAGUUCCGCAAACCAUCACUGUCCUACCAGCUCCUUUGACAACUGCAAAAAUGCCGCAGCCUAUCAUCCAGACAGCUUUGCCUUGUCAGAUACUGGGCCAAACUGGUUUGGUUUUGACUCCCGUGUCAAAUGGUUCAGCAGUUUCUUGUUCACCAAUUACGCUUGCUGUUGCCCCUAACCAGGGGCAAAAGAGAACGAUACAGACACUAUCAAACAUCCCAGAGGCCAAGCGUCCGCAUGUUGUUCAGGUGCCCGAGGUUCCUGCCAAGUUGACUGCUGCACCACUGACGCCAACAAGUGAGCGAAAAAAGACGAAGGAGCAGAUAGCAGAGCUGAAGGCCAGUUUUAUGGCAAGCCAGUUUCCUGAUGAUGCAGAAAUCUACCGGCUGAUAGAGAUGACGGGUCUCUCCAGGAGUGAGAUCAAGAAGUGGUUCAGUGACCACAGGUACAGAAGUCAAAGGGGCGUUGUGCACGUGAGUAAUGACUCUUUAGCAAAAGAUCAAAUAACUUCAAUUGGUCGAUAUGGCCGUUCGUUCCACCCAUAUGCAGAUUUUACACCCCAGAGAUUCAAAGAGAAAACCCAAGAGCAGCUUAGAGCUCUUGAAGAGAGUUUCCUAAGAUGCUCUUUUCCAACCCAAGGAGAAUUAGACAGGCUUCGAGUGGAGACUAAAUUGAGUAGGAGGGAGAUUGAUUCAUGGUUCUCCGAGCGGAGAAAGAUAAGGGACAGCAUGGAGCAAGCUGUCUUGGACUCAAUGGGAUCAUACAGAAAAAUUAAAGAUCAAGGAACCCAUAAUGGUGCAAUAAGCCGGGCAGAACUGCUGAACAGCUCCCAGCUACCUGGCUCUUUAUCUGGGUCCUCUGCCACGUUUAAAAAAACCCAAGAGCAAAUUCAUCUACUGAAAAGCACAUUUGCAAGAACCCAGUGGCCGUCACCACAGGAAUAUGACCAGUUAGCAUCUCAGACUGGGCUCACAAGAACUGAAAUAGUUCGCUGGUUCAAGGAAAACCGGUCUUCGCUGAGAACGGGGUCGCUUAAAUGGAUUGACCAGUACCAACAGCAGUAUGUUGCUGAUGGUCAUAAUGAGCAAAACCAGAAAAGGGGAUCAAAACGCACUGAGAGCUCAAAGAAUGGUAACGAGGUGUCUCGGCAGCGUUACCAGGAACAUAAAAAACUGAACGAAGAGAACGAGGGGAAACUAGUUGUGAGGUCAAAAAGAGACUGUGAACCACUCAAAGACUCUUUGUUGGGCAAUCAAGCGGAGGGUGCAGACAGGUUGGAGUGCAACAGCCACGACGGCCAUGGCAGCGAGGAGAAUGAGGAGCCAGCAGAUGUGAACUGGGUGGAGGUGACAGUGGGCGAGGAUGAUGCUGCAUCAGACUGUACAGAUAGCUGGAGUCAAACAGCACCUGAAGGCCAGGCAGAACUGGCAGACUUUGAUUCUGAAAGUAUAUCUGGAGACAAUUCCCACGUAUAGACAGGGGUUCUGAUCGGCUGCACUGUCCUGACAAUGAAGGGGAAACACUGUUUGAAAAUAGAAGAAAAAUCUGUUUUCCUGCCUGGGGUGAGAUAGAGCAUUGCAACUCCAAGUCUCAAACUGCGCUUGCAGAGGCACAGCGAGAGAUACUUUUGUGGAGCAUCAUCAUGGGAUUGUUUAUAGUGCCAAAGUCCUACUACUGCAUUAAAGAGAAAAGAGAGAGCGAAAAAAGGAUCCCUGUAUAUAGGUUUCUCCUUUGCUUCCUCUCCCACCGACUUUCCUGCCCAGCCUCUUCCUAUACUGGAGCAGAUUUGUACAAUGUGGAAAGUUUGUUAAUUUUUUAAUCGGUGCAAGUUAUUCUUGCAUGUCAUGCCAUUGCAAAAUUUUAGGGUUGGUUUGGGGGAGGGAGGUGUCUUUUGUGGGAAGGGCAGGGGAGAGGAGGGCUUUUUUGGUGUUUUAAGAAACAUUUGGAAUCCCUUUGGUGCGGAUCAGCGCCUGGUCCCAGAUUCCCACCCCAGCAAAGGGGUUGUUCUGGUUUAGUUGGGGGCGGUUGUUUCAAGGCUUUUUGUUUUGUUUUAUGGCCAUCUGCUACCAGUUGAAGUAUUUAAAUCUCUGCUUUUCUGUGCUCCUAUGAAGCGAGUCUUUUCCAGCUCCUGUACUUCACUUUUCACAAACCAGCACAGGCCAUGGUUUUUUGAAGAUCUUGCUAGAAUGCCUUUUUUUUUUUUUAGCACUUUUUGUUUAAACGUGCAGUACAACCCCCAGAGGGGUUGCAGUGAGGAAAUUAAGAUGCUUCAAAAUCUGAACUUGUGUUUCUUUGGUUGGUACAAAGAUGGACAAUAUAAACAAAAGUCUGCCCUCCAGCUUUAGAUGUUGUAGCGCACAAAAGAAAUUCCUGAUUAACCCUUGCCACUAAAUUUUUAGAUCAGUUCUAGAUUCCCGAGUGCACUUUUUUCAAAUAAUGCUAAUUUUCUUUGUGUGGGGGUGUCUGUGCGUGCAUGUAUGAAGAAGAAAAAGAGGAGAGUGCAUAUGUGCGUGUGAGGGAAAGCGCGUGUGAGAACUGUGUGACGUGCUACUCUGACUAGCUGUGUUUUGAAAACUUACCCAUAUUUCAGUACACUGCAAAAAUAUAAUGCUAUGGAGUUUGAAUAAAUCCAACUUUUCUAACUUGUUGCUCAUUUGUUGUAACUCAAUAAAACAAAGGCUAA